ACAGUGAAUGCGGCAGGGACACAUGAGUCCGGUUAACAGCCUCGUUGAAAUUAUAUGUAUUUUUAUAUCUGGCUGGCAGCGGGGGUUACGCGUCGCUUUUUGUCGUAAUGGCCUCUUCGGGGACGCCGGGUUGUUUCCGGUUUCGCCCAUGUUCGGUGUCGCUCCCUCUGUGCUAGCCCAGUCCGAAGAGAGAAACCGGUUGCCCUUCACUGGCACGUUAAGACAAUGGAGACUGAAAUUGAACCACAAGAAGAAGAAAGUACCUUCAGCAACACAGACACUAACGGAAAGCGACCCGCUGAAGAUAUGGAGGAGGAACAGGCAUUCAAGAGGUCUAGGAACACUGAUGAAAUGGUUGAGUUGCGUGUUCUGCUGCAGAGUAAGAAUGCUGGUGCUGUCAUUGGGAAGGGCGGCAAGAACAUCAAGGCUUUGCGCACAGACGAUUCUCAGUGUCAGUGCCGACAUAGAGACAGUUGGAGAAAUUCUGCUGAAAAUCAUUCCCACUUUAGAGGAGUAUCAGCACUACAAUGGAAUUGACUUUGACUGCGAGCUAAGGCUGCUCAUUCACCAGAGUCUGGCAGGAGGAAUUAUUGGGGUCAAAGGUGCCAAGAUCAAGGAGCUCCGAGAGAACACGCAGACGACCAUCAAGCUGUUUCAGGAGUGCUGCCCUCACUCCACAGACCGCGUGGUGUUGGUUGGUGGUAAACCUGACCGUGUUGUGGAGUGCAUCAAGGUGAUUCUGGAGCUCAUAUCAGAGGCUCCCAUCAAAGGCCGUGCUCAGCCCUAUGACCCGAACUUCUAUGAUGAAACAUACGACUAUGGCGGCUUCACCAUGUUCGAGGAGCGUGCUCGCAGACCCAUGGGCUUCCCCAUGCGUGGCCGUGGGGGGUUUGAGCGCAUGCCCCCUCCUGGUCGUGGGGGUCGGCCCCUGCCUCCCUCACGGAGGGACUAUGACGAUAUGAGCCCCCGCCGUGGGCCACCCCCGCCACUCGCAAGCAGAGGAGGUAGGGGGGGCAGUCGUGCUCGGAAUCUGCCCCUGCCCCCCCCUCCGCCCCCCAGAGGAGGCAGCGACAGAAGAGCAAGACCCGUCGAUCGUUAUGAGAGCCUGAGUGGUGGUGGAUAUGACAAUUCCUCCUCCUGGGAGCCCUUUCAGUCAGUAGGUGGCCGCGGCUCUUAUGGGGACAUUGGCGGUCCAGUGAUCACAACCCAAGUGACAAUUCCCAAAGAUCUGGCGGGAUCGAUAAUAGGAAAGGGUGGCCAGCGGAUCAAGCAGAUACGGCAUGAAUCGGGGGCCUCGAUUAAAAUCGACGAGCCCUUGGAAGGCUCAGAGGAUCGGAUAAUCACCAUCACUGGCACCCAGGACCAGAUCCAGAAUGCCCAGUACCUGUUACAGAAUAGUGUGAAGCAGUACUCUGGGCGCUUCUUCUGAAGGGGGACGUUGUGGAGGAGACAGCCUAAGUGUUACUGUUGCCGAGUCUGUUAAUAAGCCACAUUCCUCUACCUUAGGUAGAUGGCCCAAUGCCUGAGCAGACCUGCCCUUUGUCUAACCCUCUGUGUAGCUCUCUGGUGUGAUUGGAGCCUCCGUCCUCGUGCUUGUUCUCGUGUUACGGCACCCUGUGAGGAGGCAGGAAGUGAUGUGGCUCUCAGUCCUCAUGCCUUCUGCAGUACACAGUCAUCCUGUUUUGUAAGGAAACUUUUAUGAUUUUUAAAAUAAACUUAGUCAAUUGUUCCCUCCUGGUAUGUUUUAGUUAAAAGAAUGGAAGUCUAUGUAAAUAAUUUUCUAUGAAUUUGUGUUUUAAUGCUUAUAAUGCAUUUUGUUAUGUCUACAUGAAUAAACAGGGAUAAGAUUUUCCUCACA